AUGGACGAGGAGAUCCAUUAUCCGACACGGCCAGUCGACAAAGACAAGGCGGAACAUGAACUUGUCAUAAAUAUCAAGAAGGCUACAAGUCCUGAGGAAACUGCGCCGAAGCAGAAGCACGUUCGAAAGUGUAUCGUUUUUACAUGGGAUUAUCAUUCCUCCAUAUCUUUCUGGAGUGGUCUUCGAGUUCAACCGAUACUUUCGGAUGAAGUCCAGACGUUCAAGGCUCUCAUCACAGUCCAUAAGGUUUUGCAGGAGGGUCAUCCUAAUACUCUCAAAGAAGCCCACGGACAAACUGCGUGGCUGGAAACCUGCGCUCGUACUGUCGGUACCGAUGGCAUGAGGGGUUACGGUCCCUUGAUCAGGACUUACGUCCAGUUCUUACUGGCUAAACUUCGCUUCCAUCGUUUACGGCCAGAAUUCAAUGGUCUUUUUGAGUACGAAGAGUAUAUCACAUUGAAAGGAAUUGACGAUCCAAAUGAGGGUUACGAGACCAUAUCAGACCUGAUGGGAUUGCAAGACCAAAUUGAAUCUUUCCAAAAGAUGGUCUUUUCGCAUUUUAGGCAUUCGACUAACAACGAAUGCCGCAUCUCGUCUUUGGUUCCUCUGGUGAAAGAAAGCUGGGGUAUAUACAGAUUUAUCACAAGCAUGAUACGUGCGAUGUACCGACGUACUAACGAUGUUGAUGCACUGGAACCCCUUCGUCAACGUUAUGCAUCACAACAUCACAGUCUCCGAAAGUUCUACUACGAAUGCUCCAACCUGAAAUAUCUGACCGGCUUAAUCAAUGUGCCCAAGCUGGGUCAGGAUCCUCCAAAUCUCAUGGAUACAGGCGACGCACCAGAUCUUCCCGCUCGCCCAAAAACUGUAGCUCCCAAAUCUCCGUCACCUCCUCCUGCCCCUUCACCUGAUGCCAACGCUAUGAAUGAGCAGGCACGUAUGCUCAGGGAGUAUGAAGAACAUCAAGCUGCUUUACUCGCGGCUCGGGAAGCCGAGGAACGAAGAAGACAAGAACUGGACGCCCAGCAGCAACAGGAAUUUGAACAGAGGCAGCGGGAUCAGGCGGAGGCACAACGCCUGGCCCAAGAACAGCUUAUGCUUCAACAACAACAAAUGUACAACAACCAGGCUGCUCAACAGGUCGGUGAAUUAGAACGCGAGCUUCUUGCGAUGCGAGGCCAGUACGAGCGUGAUCAAAUCUUCUUAGAGCAAUACGAUCGUAGGGUCAAAGCAUUGGAGGCAGAACUUGCAGGAAUUGGCACAAAUAUCAACUCCCAGAUGGCUUCCAAAGACGAUUUGAUUAAACAACUACAAGACCAGGUGACACUAUGGCGGAACAAGUACGAGGCGCUCGCGAAGCUCUACAGUCAGCUUCGUACGGAACACCUCGACAUGCUCUCAAAGUUUAAACAAAUGCAACUGAAGGCCAACUCGGCGCAAGAGGCCGUCGAUCGUAUGGAGAGAAUGGAAAGGGAUCUGAAAGCGAAGAAUCUAGAGCUUGCAGAUAUGCUUAGGGAGCGAGACCGUGCACGCUUCGACGUUGACCGACAGAAAUCUUCCCAUAAAGAGGAGAUGGACCGGUUGAGGCGCGAGUUGAAUUUCGCGAAUGAGCGUGCUGAUGAUGCCUCACGGUCGAAGAACUCUGAGGUGUCUUCUGUGUUGUCAAAAUACAACCGUCAAAUUUCAGAGUUGGAAGAUUCCCUUCGCGUCAAGCAAGCACAGAUCGACGAGUAUCUCUCGAAGUUGGAUCAGGCUCACGACGACUUGGAACAUUUGCGGGACGAGAAAGAUCAAGAGAUUGAGAUUUUGAAUGCUGGUAUGGAUGAUACACUCAAAAAGCUUGACGAGGCACAGCAAAAUCAAGGUUUGGUGGACGAGACUACCAAUGCCCAGAUCGACACUCUGAUCUUGGACAACCGCAAGAAGUUGAACGAUAUAAUUGAUUCUAUCCUACAGGCCUGUGUCCAGAAGGUCGAUGAAUCUAUCUAUGAGUUGGAAUCAAUGACUCAGGCCGGCAAUUUGAACAGCACUCCCGAGUACACAUUGUCUAUGAUCGAAAAGGCUAUGAACAACGCCAACGAAUUCUCCACGAUCUAUAAUCUUUAUCUCGGUGAAGAGGAAGGCGGCGAGCAUGUGAAUGUCAUCAAAUCAGCCAACGAGUUUGCCCAAUCUUUAGCUGACGUUCUCAUCAAUACCAAAGGUGUCACUCGAUUAGCCAGUGACGACGAUGCAUCUGACAAGCUUAUUGGAUUGGCUAAAACCUCCGGAGAUAUUGGUUUGCGUUUCUUCUUGAACCUUCAGUCGUACAAGGUCAACCUCCUAAAGCCAAACCAACGAAAAGAUGUUGCGAUGCGUGGUAAUGGCGACAUACGCAGUGCUCUCGUGAAGUUAUCCGAGAAUGUGGACAAGCUCAUACCCAAGGGAGCGAAAUCGGACGCACUUGCUCGUGCCAAUGGAAACAUUGGGGACAUCGUGGAAAAUGAGAUGAACAGCGCCGCUCAGGCCAUAGAAGCCGCUACCCAGCGACUGCAAGAGCUAAUGGCCCGUCCUCGGGAUACCAGCCGCUUUAGUGCUGUGGAUCUCCAAGUCCAUGAUUCCAUCUUGUCUGCUGCAAUGGCCAUCACGAAUGCAAUUGCCCGACUUAUCAAAGCAGCCACUGAAUCGCAGCAGGAGAUCGUUGCGGAGGGCAAGGGUUCUAGUUCAAUGCAGCAGUUCUACAAACGCAACAAUCGUUGGACAGAGGGUCUCAUUUCAGCCGCCAAGGCUGUUGCCUUCGCUACAAAUUUGCUCAUCGAGAGUGCCGAUGGUGUUCUCUCUGGUACCCACUCUUUGGAGCAACUUAUCGUCGCUUCUAAUGAGGUCGCUGCUGCCACUGCUCAACUCGUCGCUGCCUCCCGAGUCAAGGCUAACUUGAUGUCCAAGACACAGGAGCGACUUGAGCUCGCUGCUAAGGCGGUCACAGAAGCUUGCAGAGCCCUGGUCAGGCAGGUUAAAGCUGUUGCAGCCAAACAGGCGGAGGAUAAUGAUGUCAAUUACUCCAAUAUGGCUGUCCUAGAAUUCAAGAAACGUGAGAUGGAACAACAAGUUGAGAUACUCAAAUUGGAGAAGGAGCUUGGUGCAGCACGACACAGACUGGGCGCGAUGAGACGGGCAGGAUAUCACACAGACGAGACAGACUAG